AUGGAAGCUUUCAAGGUGUGGACGAUUUUUCUUGCCUGCAUAUUUUCUGCAUCGGGAAAGAGUCUUCCGGACUCUGUAAGCAGAGAAGAUCGCUUGCUGAAGAGGAUAGAGUGUUUACUGGGGAAACGGGAACUCUGUGACCAAGAACAAAAAGAGACCAUUCUCCAUCGCAGCAAUGCUGAGGAAAACACCAUCUACAUUAACGGUAAAAUAUACACGGUAGACGGCGAGGCCUGGAAUCAGAAUCCCAAGGCAGCUCUUGUUGUACAGAACAGGAAAGUACAAAUGGUGGGAACCACAGGGGAAGCGCUGAAACACUUACACUGCAAAAGUACCGUAAUUGACCUGAAUGGAGCGACAGUACUGCCCGGGAUACACGACGUCCAUAUACACCCCCUCGAGGCCGCCUCACGGGUAGGAAACACGUGUAAACUAAAGACAGAUACAGACCCCGAACAAAUGAAAGACAUUCUGAGAACCUGUGCACCGAGACAAAUUGGGACAGAAUGGAUUCUUGGUGGCGGGCAUUCUAUCACAAGUAUCAUAGAACAUAUAGAUAAAGGCGGGAGACCUCCGAGGGAAAUCAUUGACGAAGUUCUACCUGAUGUUCCAGUUAUUAUGAUAGAAGAAACUUCGCAUUCCGUGUGGGUAAACUCCGAGGCGCUCCGUAGGGCCAAAAUAACCAGCGAGACCAAGGAAAGGCCCGGUGGAGUUAUCAUGAGAGAGGAGGGGACCAACGAGCCGAACGGAAUUCUCCUGGAGGACGAGGGGACGUCCAUCAUGGAGUUAGCCAUGGAGCCCACGCCUGUACUGGAAGAACUGAAUUAUGAAGGUUUGAUAGAAGGAUUGUCAAAUCUGAACGAGAAUGGAAUCACUUCCGUAAGUGACGCCCGGGUUUACUGGGGCCGGAAUCACGACAAGGCGUGGGAGAGGACGUGUAGGGAAGGGAAACUGACGGUACGCGCGAAUCUGGCACUGUGGGCAUACCCACAAAAGGAAGACAGCCUACAGAUCCAAACCCUCAAAGACAUGCACUCCGACUACAACGAGAACUGCUUUCUCCGGAAAAACCAGAUUAAAGUUUACAUGGACGGCCUCCUGGACAGUACAACGGCUGCUAUGGAGGAACCGUACGUGAAAAACCUGCACUUACCCGGAGUCCCAGACAACCGAGGCAUAAACAUCUUCGAUCAGAAACGUCUGACAAAAUACGCAAAAGAGCUCCAGAAAUUUGGGGACGACAAAGGAUUUGACUUUCUUAUCCACGCCAUUGGUGACCGUGGGGUUCAUCAAGCCAUAAAUGCAUUUGAUGACGCAUAUAUUGCAGGAACGCGUCACCGAAUUACACAUUUGGAACAAAUAAAAUAUAAUGAUAUCAAACGUUUCAAGAAUUUGGAUAUAAUAGCGGAUUUUCAAGUCGCUGGGGACUUCACUAAACUUUCAACAAGAGACCACAUUAGAUCUCUUAUUGGCAAUGCUCGCGCAGUUGAUUUUAUCCCCCUGCGGAGUGUUUACAAUACAAGCGCCACUGUGACCUUGAGCAGCGAUUGGGACGUAAGCACCAUCAACCCGUUCGUAGGGAUUCAGAACGCCAUCUCUAGAGGUCACCAGUCAGUAAGUGUCAAGGACGCGGUGGAAAUGUACACGAUUAACGCUGCCUUCGCCAUGAGGCAGGAAAAUAUUGUCGGUUCACUGAAAACAGGGAAGGACGCCGACUUCAUCGUCAUAGACACCGACAUCUUGGACCCUGGAAACGCUGACGUCAUCAGCCAGACGAGAGUUUUGAGAACUUUUUUGGCGGGAAAAGAGGUAUGGGCAGACGACCAAAGCCCGAUUGAUGAUGUGACCUGCAGGAUUCUGUGA